AUGACAUCGCCGGCUAACUGGGUGCCCAGAAAAAAGGUUGCCAUCGUUGGCAGCGGCUCUGCUGGUAUUGGUGCUCUGUGGGCUUUGAAUCGUACGCAUCAUGAUGUCUAUCUCUACGAAGCGGCUGAUCGCCUUGGUGGUCAUACCAAUACGGUAGAAUGGAAGAAGGGCAAAUUCAGCACCUUAGUCGACACAGGUUUCAUCGUCCUCAACGAAGCAACAUACCCAAAUUUCAUCAACUUCCUUAACUAUGUUAAGGUCAAGACCGUACCUACUCAGAUGACCUUUGGCGUUUCAAGGGAUCGUGGGAAAUUUGAGUGGGCAGGGUCGAGUUUAGAUUCCAUAUUCUGUCAGAGGAAGAACCUCUUUUCCCUACGGAUGUGGAGGCUCAUUUUUGAUAUCAUCCGUUUUAAUAAAUUUGCGCUCGAUUUGUUAGAGAAUGACGAUAAUGACGUCUAUCAAAAUACCGAAACCUCGGCUGCGCCUAUGGAGACUAUUGGGCAGUACUUGGAUAGAGAAGGGUACUCUGAAGCUUUUCGCAAUGACUACUUAAUCCCUAUGACGGCAGCUGUAUGGAGUACGAGUCCAGAUAAGUGCACCUUGGAGUUUCCGGCUGCGACGCUCAUACGUUUUAUGUAA